UCUCGUCGCCACCAUGAAGUCCCGCCAGUCCACCCCCGAGUUCCAGGAUCUCGAGAACCAGCCUGGGUUGGCCAACUAUGCCUCGCAGGAUAGCGGAUCAAAGUCUUCCACGUCCAAGCGUCCCAAGAGGAAAAGCCGGGUUUUGCGAGAACGCCAACAGCAAGACUCGUGUGAUACACACAGAAUUGAGGAGCGGGAAGUUCUGUUUGACAUCACCGUGGAGGUGGAGGAUGACAGGGAGGUGCAUAUUCAGAUGAAAGAGGGUGACUCGGCCGAGCAAAUUGCUUCCAAGUUUUGUCAUGAUCAAAAUCUUCCCAGCCAGCUUGUUUUACCGCUGACUGAACACAUCAACAAAAUAAGCAAUUUCAAUGAUGAUCAUUGUUGUCGGUACAUUGGACCCGACUACGGUCGUGAGCUCGAGGAUGAAUACUUGUUCUCCAAACGGAGGAUCCAGAAGGAAUCCGGAAAAUAUACAUCCAGAAGAUUUCAUUCCAGGCCAGAAAGGCCAUUUAAACACGAGCGAAAACCGAAGAAGGAUCUCAAGCGCAAGCAACGGGCGUUUUCGGAGAGACUUAUGUCGUGCACAUUCACGAGCGCGGCCAAGCUUAUUCCUCAGCCUCCCAAAAAGAAGAAAGUUGUUGUCCGGCUCUCAGACAAGCAGAGAGCUCUAUGUGCGCGCUUGCAUGGCGAAUAUGAGCUCUACCACCGAAGACGAGAGGAAGAAAGGCGGUCCUAUGAGGAUUUCCACGAGCAGCAGCUUAAGAAGAAAAGGCCCGUGUUCUCAAAGGGAUCCAGGAAAAUAAUGAAAGUAAGGGAGUUAGCGGCCAAACACUUUCAAAACUACGGGGAGCUUCUUUACAGAGAGGCUAUACUUGCCAUUCAGCACAGGGAGAAGAUUUAUGAAUGCCGACAAAAGGAACUUAAAAAAUCUGAAAUGGAAGGAGUAACCGGGAGCCCCGCAAUCAGUAAGCUGGCAAGAAACCUUAAACGCAAAGCAGGAGAAGUUUGGGAGCGGCUCCAGAGCACCAGGCGGUCGGAGAGUCGCUUGCAAAGUUUGAGGGAACAGACUGCCGAUCUCGAAGUGAUGGAGUGCACUUUCAAGCCUCGUGUGAAUUCCUCGGGGCUUGAUAUUAAAGAGAUCAGCCACGGUACUGUUUCUCGGUUCGACUUACUGUUUUGGGACGCUGAGUCUCGUAAAAAGCGUCAGGAAAAGUACAUGCUGUGGUAUCCUGAUGGCAUUACUUUCCGACCCGAAGUUAAUCGGCCGUGUUGCCAAGAACCAGAAUCAAGGCCAGACAGCGCUAGUUCAGCCUAUAGUAAGAUCAAGAAAGCAUCACGCGAUCCCUCAGUUUUUUCGAGGCUUCUGGAUUAUGCUGCCAGAUUGACCGGCAGAAGGCAGAAGGAGCGCGAGGAGGAACUCGUUGAUCCUUCAACGGGGCAAAAACUGUUCACUCCUCUCACUGGGCGGGGUCCUCGAAACAUAAAGCGAAAUGAAAAAUCUUUGCCUAUUGGAGAGUUUCUCUACAAUCUCGAUGUUGCUGCCAGGGCUAAGGAGGAGGCUUUGGAAGAAAAUAUUAAUCGAGUCUGGAUAAACCUCUCCAAUCACCAUUACGUCCUCAAAAAAUCUGAAACAUUGGCUGUACGGUUCGAGCAGCGGAAUUUCCAACAGCUGUUUGGCUAUUUAGACGAUGACAAGGAUGGCUACGUAGAGCUAGCAACAGCCGAAACAAAAGAUCUCAAGGAAGACGUGGCCUUGAACAUCGCAGAAGCUAGAAAGAUGGGCUCGGAAGCCGAAAGACCUCUACCAUUUCAAAAGUUUGUGGAUCUCAUGCUAACCGUACAGAGAAAGCGAAAAGGAUUGCACAUGCUUCUAUCGAGCUGGAGAAGAAAGACGGCUGAGAGAUUCUCAUUUGAGAGGAAAAUGAACCAAAAAUCUCGGAAGCUGGCUGCUCGUAAGAGAGACUUCAGCUCGAGGGACCAAUGGUACAAGAUAAUCUUAUCAGACAGGCAAAAAGUCCAGGAGAAAAUCGAAGCCAUGAGAAGGCAAAAAGAGUUGAAAGAGAUAAACCAGUGCACAUUCAGCCCGGCAAUCCUUGGUGGCCCAGGCAAAAGCCGGUUCAGGAAUCCCAAGUUCGUCAAUGACGUGCGCGUCCAAGAACACGGACAAGAUGAUGUACACGGCUACAUCAUCAAGGAGACGCAACUCCACGGUCCUGGUCCAGAACCAACCAGCACUGCUGCUGCUACCACUCAACCAGAAAACGGUGUUGGUGGCGGCUCAACAUCAACCUCCUCCGGCUUUUUUAAUGUCUGGAAGAGGUUUGUGGCUAAACCACCAGUGGAGGAAAAACUUCAAGUGACAGAACCCGUGUUAGAAAACUCAUCGGAGAGUAGUGGUGGUGAUGAUCAUUUUGAUGAUCCUGCUGCUUUUCUGAGUGGUAUCCCUGAGCCAUAGGUGAGUUUUUCUUUCUUCUUUUGAGCUUUCUCUUGGCUUUCUUCUCUUGGUUUCCUCUUCCCCUUGACGUGCUUUGCUUGCCCAGCUGUUUUACGCAAUUGUGGAGCACAGUUUUGUUCCGGCAGCCAUCCUGGGUAGAACCAUUUCUUCCCCGGCCAUAGUCUUUGUUUUUCCGUUUGUUUCUUUGUGCCUCUCCUCUCGAUCUUAAGCUUUGUUUGUUCUUUUGGCGUUUCUCUUCUUCUUUUUUAUCAGGGGUAUCCGCCAUCUCAGGAACAGGCCAUGGCAAAUAAGACUAGAGGUGUCAUUUUGAGGCAGAGGACAUGAAAACCCGGAAGUUUACACAACGUAGGUGCUUUGGAGAGAUUCUUGUUUUGCCGAGGCUUGUAGCUAGUUUGCUUCCUGUAGCAAGCCACUCAGACAAAAAUCUUCGAGUUGCAGCUCCAGGAGAAAAAAAAAAGUUAAAAAAAGUUAAAAUCACAUGUUUU